AUGUUUUCCCAUUUACGAAUCCACCGGAGGGGACAGUCGAAUCCCACUUCGCCAAACCCCGAACAGCCCUCGGCCGCUGCUCCCUGGGAUCCCUCGCUUCCACAGCAGCACUCUCCCUUCAUUCAAGAUGCCGCCUUAAGCCCAGACAUGCGACCCCAGGCUUCGACGACGAAUUCCUCACUGCCUCCCACCCUGCCGCCCAUUCCCCGCGUCACCUCAUCCAGCUCCGAAUCGCCAUCCCCGCUCGAGCGACCGACUGUCGAUACCAAGAUCAGGGUGACGCCAGAGCCCAACACGCAGAAACCCCAGCCGCCCGUGCCUCCACCGGUGCGCUCGCCAUACAACGCAGACUCUGGCUUCCUCGGUGGCGUCGCUUUGCGCAAAUACCAACGCGAGCAACAGGAGCAACAACAACAGCUCAAGAAGCAACAAAUGGCGGCGAAAUCACCGGAUCUGGUCGCGUCUCCGGUUCUUCAAGGCAGCCACGAAAGUCAAUUCACAAGGUCGAAGCCCGCACCCCCGCCGAUAAACACCGCCCCUCCGACGAGACCCCCACCGCAACCCACGAGCGCCUCAAAACAUGCCGGCUCCUUUGCGACCCCGACCGAGCUGCAUCACCAGGGCAAUACACAGAGCUCGCCCCAAGCUCAAGCCUAUCCUGCCACCGGACGUCGCCCUGCAGGAACGAGGUUGUCGAGCGAGCCAAUCCGCAUGGCAAACCAUGGUUCCGAUGCCCCGAAGGGUAGGAAAGGCCUGCCUUUUCUGAAAAACCCAAUGUCAACACUGCUUGCACGGAGAAAGACAAGUCAAAAUGCACCAGACUUGACGCCUCUCCCGCUGGGAGGAAACCCGUCAUACGAUCCUCGAAUUCGCGGGACAAGAGUUCAUGACUUUAGCGCUCCACGACCACGACGAAGCAUCCCCAAUAAUGAGGGUCCCAGCCCUGCCGCGGCGCCAACCCCUGGGACGAAAGCACAACCGCCGAUACCUGAGGAGAUGUCAGACUUGGGCCAGACGUCGUCCAGAGAGAGCGCAGCACCAUCACAAGCAUUUCAACAUGGAAGGAAUACAAGCAGUGCUUCUGAAUCUGGUCACUCGGGCUCCGUCAGCGUCAUAUCACAGCCAGCUGUUGAAUCAGGGAGCGGGUCGGUGAAGACAAGAAGCAGCUUGAACUUGGAGUCAAAACCUCUGCCCGACGUGCCGCCCAAAGAUGAUACCGCACCAUCGUCGAGCUCGGCCUCAAUCGUCUCCAAGAAGCCCUCAAUUAGUGCGUCCUCGAUCUUAUCCAAGAAAACACCGUCCACAAGAGCAAACCCUUCAAGACAUGCCUCUGUGUCUGGGCAGGAUGUUCUUUCUUCUGUGCCCCGCCGAUUGAAGAGUACGUCCUCCAGAUUCAGCUUCGACAUGGUCGGCGCGGCAAAGCAGGAGAAGCUGCUCGAAGAACGACAUCGUCAACGCGAACUCGAGAGGAAGACGUCCGACCCUGAGCCUAGCGGACCUCGUGAUUCUAGGUUCGACGACUUUGACGAGGACUUUGAUUACGAUGCGAUGAUGGAGGACGACGGGUUCGAAGAGCCGAUUCCGAUGAGCAAUGACUUUGGAGACGACUACGGAUACGAGGAGGACUUUGACGCUGGCGGCACAGAUCCUUUGGGUCUCGACGACGGUGAAGACUUCGAUGCGGCUGGAACCGACCCCUUCGCUCUUGAUCCGGUCCCAGAAGUUGAGAUCGAAUUCGACGAGGAUGCUGCAAACGACCCAGACAACGAUCAAGAGAACUUUGCUGGCUUUGUCUUUCAACGAUCAGGCCCUCCCUCGGCCUUGACCAGUCCACACAGCGCCGGUCUGUUAGCGACGCCGAGAGAUGCAGACGGAAAGGUGAUUGGAUUCGCCAUCUCGAGAGAUACGCCAGAUCUGAACCAGCUGUUGAGUCCCGGCUUUGCUCCCGAUCAGAACUUGUCGCCCACUACGACUGAUUCAGCUGCCGAACUUCCGAUCGACGGCUUGAAUAUUACCGAUACGAAGCUGCAAGACGAGGACAAAACGUUGCGCGAGCCAACCCAGUCUUUGUCGCCCGCUCCUCUAUCAGUCCCUAAGAAGGACGAUCUCUAUUUUGAUAACGGCCUUCUCGAUGAGCUGGAAUUUGCUGGCGAGGGGGACGGCUCUUACUUUGACGAGUCCAUCUUUGAUCUGGACGAUACGGACAAGUAUGGCCGUCCUAUUCCGGGCGCCUUUGCCAGAGCUCAAGCUGCCAGAGCUGCGAUGACUGGUGGCACCACCCAGCCUGAGAAUAAAGUGCAAGGAACCGAUGCCGAGGUCGGCGAAAGUCAAGAUCCUAGCGUCCAAGACGGCAGUGCCCCUGACAAUGUCAAGAGAAUCUCAGACAGCACGUCUCGCCUGUCUGCGCAUUCCAAUGUAUCGCAAUCGACAGCCCAUACUUCCCUCAGCGUCGGUAUGCCGGCUCCUUCUGUCGACGAGUCCAAACGAGGCAGCGAUGUCCUGGCCCAAGGCCAGGAAUCUUCCGCAAUGACCUCUAGUUUCUCAGCGACGGGCCAGGACAAGGUGGAUGCUUAUCAAACUGCUCUGGCGGCAGCAGCGUUCGAAGCCGCCGCCAAUGGUCGUUUUCGACGAGACUCGUCACCCCCUCCAAGCGAGCUGAUGUCGCCCAGUGGAGAAUCCUUAGAUGACCUUCCACAGCAUGAGAAUAUGGACGACUACGAUGAUUACGACGACACUGGGUUUCGCGAAGACCUGAAUGAUUACGAUGUCGACUAUGACGACUUCAUUGCGGAGGCGAACGCUAGUGCCCUUGCCAACGACUCUGACGGUUGGUAUGGUCAGGAGUUUGGGUUCUACUCUGCUCCUGUCGAAGGAGGUGGGCGCCACAGUAGGGAUAGCUCCAACGGAUCGGAUGAGAAGCCUUUCGAAUAUGCUAACGGCGGCUUCUUUGGGCCGUCGGGUGUAUCCCGAAGCAAGUCCGGGAGGAUAGUAUCUCGAGAGCCCAACCUCACGCCUAUCACGGAGAGAUCCGAGUACUCGAAUCGUAACUCGAUCAUGAGUCUCGCGGUCCCGCCUGGCAUCGGUUCCGGUCCAUCAAGUCUCCAGAGCCCUGGCCUGGCCCAACUUGCCAUGAUGGCUGAUGGUGACGAUAAUAUGAGCCUGUCAGCGCUGAUGCGGCUUCGUUCAAGGGCUUGGGGUGGAUCACAGGCCAGUCUGGUCUCCAGUCGGGAGGGGUCACCAAGAUCUGAGAGGGGCGAAGGUGGAAGCUCACCUUGGGGCCCGGGGCCUCACAACAUGCUGGGCAUACAUGGCCAUGGCCGUAAGAACUCGGCAUUCUCUGUUCGCAGCCGCGACAUGGAUUCUUCGGAUGCAGGCAGCACGUCGGGCUCCCCUACUCUCACCAUGUCCAUGCCCACUCUAGGGUCACCGCCUCCGCCUCUGCCACCACUGACACAAAGUCCUGCGGUGGUCAUGAACUCUCCCCACUUCACGCACAGCGCGGCAUUCGACCCCGUUCCGGAGUCCGACGAGAUGGAUGAGCUGUCAAUCUCCAACACCAUUUCCCACUCGGGCUUAUGGAUGAAGAGCCCGGAUACAGCUAUGCAUCCGAACCUCGUGCCCCGGAUCGACCCGACGCCCCAACCUCAGCGGAGGCCUGGCAUGGGUCACAAACACAAGGGGUCUGCGGACAGUAUAUCAUAUAUCAAGGAGGAGGAGAGUGGCGAGACUAGAUGGGUUCUCGAGCGACGUUUUACCGCCGAUAGCGGAGAGAUUGAAGUGCAGCGGGAAUUCGUCGGCAAUGGCCAGAUUUAG